CGCGGGGCGCGGUGGUCGGGCGAGGGCGGCGGCGGCGGCGGCGACGCCUGCGGAGGGGCGUUCUCCUGAGAGCCGGCGCCGCGGCCAGGCCGCGCUCACGGACGGGGCCAGCGCUCGCCCGCGCCCGCGCCGCGCCGCGCCGCCUCGGGCCGACGUGCAGGCCCAACAUGGCGCAGGACGUGACCGAGUACCUGAGGCAGAAGCCGCGCGCGGCCGCCUGGGUGGAGGCGCUGCGCGGCGACGGCGAGACUGACAAGCACUGGCGCCACCGCCGCGAGUUCCUGCUCCGCAACGCCGGCGAGCUGCUGCCCGGCGACGAGGCCGCGGCCGACGCCGAGAGCGGGGACCGCGGGCGGCAGCUGCAGCAGCUCGUCUCCUUCUCCAUGGCCUGGGCCAACCACGUCUUCCUGGGGUGCCGGUACCCUCAAAAAGUUAUGGAUAAAAUACUUAGUAUGGCUGAAGGCAUCAAAGUGACAGAUGCGCCAAUCCAUACCACCCGAGACGAACUGGUUGCCAAGGUGAAGAAAAGAGGGAUAUCGAGUAGCAAUGAAGGGGUAGAAGAGACAUCGAAGAAAAGAAUUUUAGAAGGAAAAGGUGGUUCUACAGUUGAGCAGGACCAUGCAAAAAUUUCUGCCAGAACAGAAUGUGCAUCAGCCCCUCAGGAAAACAGCUCAUCCUCUGCCAAGACAGAGCGGAGUGGGAACUCGGCUCAGAGCGGCAGUUCGGGGCGGCAGAAUAGCUCUACAGGUGAUGCGGAGUGUGCCGGGGCCAGCCCAAGCAGCAGCGGGUCCUCUCAGGUAACAGCAGGGUCUGGGAAAGCUGACUCAGAAGCCCCAGCCAAGCUUGGAGCAGCAGCAAUUGUCUGUUCCUUGUUGAAAUCCAGUGUGAAUAGUCAUUCGAGCCAGCCCAGUGAUUCCAGGCCAGGAAGUGGAUCUCCAAAAAGGAGCGCUCUGGAAGGGUCUUCCCUGGCCACCUCCUCAAGCCUGUCUGAGGUAGAGGUGCCCUUGCUGGGGGCCUCGGGGCGUGCAGAAGUGGAGCUGCCACUGUUGUCUUCUAAGCCUAAUCCAGAGACUGCUUCAAGUGGGUUAGUUGCCAAACCUAGUUCAGAGGCAAGUGCUGCAUCCUCGUCCGUUUCUAAAAACAGUUCUUCCUCUAGCACAUCGCUGCUAACCCCCAAGAGCAUCCCCUCAACCAAUCCUCUACUGUCUUCCAAAAGCACUUCCCAGGUAGCUGCUUCACUGUUAGCUUCAAAGAGCAGCUCCCAGGCCAGUGGCUCUCUGGUUUCCAAAAGCACUACUUUAGCAAGUGUGUCUCAGCUGGCUUCGAAGAGUAGCUCUCAGACUAGCACAUCACAGUUGCCUUCCAAAAGUACUUCACAACCCAGUGAGAGUUCUGUCAGAUUUUCUUGUUGCAAGUUAACCAACGAAGAUGUAAAGCAGAAGCAACCUUUUUUCAAUAGACUGUAUAAAACUGUGGCGUGGAAGUUGGUGGCUGUUGGUGGCUUUAGCCCUACUGUGAAUCAUGGCGAGCUCCUAAAUGCAGCUAUUGAGGCUUUGAAGGCAACAUUGGAUGUGUUUUUUGUCCCACUGAAAGAACUAGCAGACUUGCCUCAGAAUAAGAGCUCUCAAGAAAGUAUUGUUUGCGAGUUGAGGUGCAAGUCUGUGUACUUGGGCACUGGCUGUGGAAAGAGCAAAGAAAAUGCAAAAGCUGUUGCAUCAAGAGAAGCAUUGAAGUUGUUUCUCAAGAAAAAGGUAGUAGUGAAAAUAUGUAAGCGGAAAUACAGAGGCAGUGAAAUUGAAGACCUAGUACUCCUGGAUGAAGAAUCGAGGCCUGUCAACUUACCUCCAGCACUAAAGCAUCCUCAGGAGUUACUAUAAUGUGUCCCUAAUGUCACUGCAUUCUGGUAUUUGAAGAGAAAAACUGGCUUCUUUUGUAUAAUAUAAAAAAAAAAUGGGCUUUCACAAAUUUUGUAUUGCUUUUUUCCAGUUUUGCAGAAAAUUUACAAUCUAAUACAUGGAAGUUGUAAAUUUAAGAAUGAUGGUAAACAUUAAAAGAUGUAUGUGAGAAACAUACCAGCAUACUGUUGUACUGGCUGAAGAAAACAGUCUUCUAUUUUUAACGAUUCAUAGGUACGAUGUGUAGUUCUGUAGUCAGGAAACUUUUGUACUAUUAAUUUGGUGAAAAUGUACUAAGCUGUCAACCAUGCCUUCUUUCCCUAGCUUCGGUAAACCUCAAAGAAAAGGGGACCAUAGUAUUUGAAUGUCUGGAAGUCUGUGAUGCUCAAGGUUCUAAGAAUGUUGCCUAUGAUGUUGGAUGUGUCUGUUUAAGAAUAAAAGAAAAAAUAGUUGCUUCAAACUAUUUUUAUGAGAAGUUGUAAGCAUUUUUUAGAUAUAAAGCAGUAUAAAGUACUUACGGUUAUUUUAUUCUGAAGUUGUUUAAAAUUCACCCUAAUUUUGGCACUGCAGGUUCUUUAAGUGGGUUAAUUUAUGUUUUGAGGUAAAACAAUUUAACACUUUUUCUUAAAGACAUAAAUGUGGGUUUCUAUAUUAAACAUAUUUUGUGACUACUAUUAACAGAUUGAUUUGUUUAGAUAUUAAAUGCUUUUAAGCUAU